AUGGCUAUAGUAAAGCUAGUUAAGAAUAAGGCUUAUUUUAAACGAUAUCAAGUCAAGUUCAAAAGGCGAAGAGAGGGGAAAACUGACUACUACGCUCGCAAACGGCUGAUCUGGCAAGACAAAAACAAAUAUAACACACCUAAAUACCGAUUAGUAGUUCGUUUUACUAAUAAGGAUAUAAUCUGUCAGAUAAUUUAUGCACGUAUUGAUGGGGAUCGAGUGUUAUGCUCCGCCUAUGCUCACGAACUACCUCGAUAUGGUGUUAAGGUGGGGUUGACUAAUUAUUCUGCUGCCUACUGUACUGGCCUGUUGUGUGCUAGACGUGUGCUGAAGCAAUUGGGCUUGGACACCUUGUAUGCUGGAGCUGAAAAGGUUGAUGGACAAGAAUAUCAUGUGGAAUCUAUUGAUGGACAAAAGUCUGCUUUUAGGUGUCAUCUUGACGUUGGCCUCGCAAGGACCUCAUCUGGUGCCAAUAUUUUCGGCGCCCUUAAGGGAGCCGUUGAUGGUGGUCUAGAUAUACCUUACUCACCCAGCAGAUUUCCAGGGUACAACCCGGAAUCUAAGGAAUACAACGCUGAAGUUCAUCGAGCCCGAAUACUGGGUCACCAUGUUGCCGAAUACAUGAAACAACUUCAAGAGGAGAGCGAAACUGAUUAUCAGCGUCAGUUUAGUGGGUACAUAAAACAUGGAAUCACUGCUGAUAAAAUUGAAUCUAUGUAUCUCUCAGCUCAUGCAGCAAUCCGAGCGGAUCCUUCACAUAUUUCCAAAGAACAGAAGGAAGUCCAACCGAAGAGGUUUAAUUGUAAAAAAUUGUCUUCUAAACAAAGGAAGCAACGUGUUCGACAGAAGAAAGCACAUUAUCUUUUCCAACUACAAAAAGAGAUCGCCGCUGCUGAAUAG